CUUAUUGCAGUUGUUGUCUAAUUAUACGACUUUUAUAUUUUGAGCCAGAAACUCAUCAGCUGUUUCCUAAUCUCAGUAAUCGCAAGAAUGCUUAAUAAACUUGUGCCGUUAUUUGUCGUUGUGUUGUUAUAUAACGGGAAGGUAUCCAGCGAAAGUGUAAGGAACGGUUACCAAGAGCCCUUAAUGUUAACACCUUUAAUAAAGUCAUUCAACGUUGAAGAGGCAAAGUUACAAGCGGAAGUUGUAUUCGACGAAUUUCGCGACAUUAAAAGUUACUCUGGGUAUCUGACAGUUAAUGAGCGUUAUAAUUCGAACACCUUCUUUUGGUUCUUCCCCUGCGAAUGUGACUACUUGAACGCACCCGUUGUCCUAUGGCUUCAAGGCGGCCCAGGUGCUUCAUCUAUGAUUGGACUUUUCGGCGAACACGGACCUUUCAUCGUGAAUUCCUUCUAUCAAAUAGAAAUCCGCGAGCAUCGUUGGACCAAGAAAUUUUCCAUGCUUUACGUAGACAAUCCCGUAGGCACCGGCUUCAGUUUUACGGAUGAUGGUGGUUAUGCACAGAAUCAAACAAUAAUAGGCGAGCAACUGUACGAAGCCAUAUCCCAAUUUUUCAUCCUAUUCCCAGAAUUGGCAAACAACGAGUUUUAUAUUGCCGGACAAUCGUAUGCCGGAAAAUACGCCCCUGCACUCGCAUACACCAUUCUAAAAGCAGCAACAAACAAAAUUCAGUUGAAGGGAAUCGCGAUUGGAAGCGCUUACUCAGAUCCAGUGAACCAAUUCGAUUUCAGCGACUACCUCUACCAAAUCGGCUUAAUCGACUCCAAGUCGAAACAAACAAUGAAGCAAAUGGAACAAAUGGCUAUUGAAUUAAUAAAGCAGGAGAAGUGGACGGCGGCUGGAAACGUAUUCGGUGAGCUGAUUUACGAAGCUCGAAAUAACACUUUCUUCCAAAACGUUACUGGUUUUAAGGAACCAAUGAAUUAUUUAAAAUUGGAAGACAGUUCCUUGAAGUACUACGUUGAGUAUUUACAGCGUGAUGACGUUAGAAGAGCAAUUCAUGUUGGAACGUCCACUUUUCAUGAUGGCAGCGCGGUGGACAAACAUUUAGAGGAGGAAUUCAUUCAAUCAGUCGCCCCUUGGAUUUCGGAGUUGCUGAGCAAUUACAGAAUGAUGUUUUAUUGCGGUCAAGUGGAUAUCAUAGUUCCGUACCCCACCGUAACAAACUUCCUUGAAAAGCUCAAUUUUUCAAACGUCGACGAGUAUAAAUCGAGCGAGAGGGACUUUUGGUAUGUCAAUAACGAGUUGGCGGGAUACAUCAAACGAGCGGGGAAUUUAACGGAGGUGCUGGUUAGAAAUGCGGGCCAUAUGAUCCCACGCGAUCAACCGGAAUGGGCUCUGGAUCUUAUGGCCAAAUUUGUUUACGAUCAAUUUACUUGAUAGGUACUCAAAAUUAAAUGACGUUAAAAAGUAGAAUUGCAUUACAUUAUUAUUAUUUAAUUAAGAUAAAUGAGUACACAAUUUUGCUACGAAAUUAAUUCAUAAAUCACAAUUUCAUUCGCGCAUGGAUAUGAAAUGAUGGUGUCGCUACGCUGACAGUAAAUCGAAAACCCCAUUAGUAAGUAGAUUAUAUUAUUUUGUUCUGCUCAGUCACAGACUCACAGUAAAUUCAGAAGCAAGAUGUAAAGUCUGAACGCGUACUCGUAUAACUACAUCAAAGAUUGCAAUAACUACUAUUUUAAUGCUAUAUUUUAAAAAUGCAAUCAA